UGUUGGCUUGAAGCAGGAGUAGGAGGAGGGUCAGACAGGCAUAAUGAUGAUAGAGGAAAUUUGUGGAGGGUAAAAAAGCUGGUCCCGCAGAGUGAGGUCACUCCGAUUCCAGCGAGCAAUCACUGCAGUGCUAACUGGUCUGGGGAGGAAGAGAUAGAGAGAGCGGAGCCACCAGCCCACUCAGCUCCACUCCGCCAGUCCACUCGAAAUAUGACCACACACGCGCCAAUGGAAUAAGCAGCAAAACAGUGGGAAAACUAUAUCAAUCUUCACUUCACCGUCCACGAGGAAUUCAAUUCAAAUAGGCUACUUUGUUCUUUUGGUUUUACGCACGAAAGAUGACUUUUGAUCCUCUUUCCUUUUACGUGACGCAAAGUUUAGACACGGCCAGGUAGACAGACAACCUUAGAAAACGACUUUAGUGCUAGCUAUAUAUUUUAGGAUUUCAUUACGCGUUGAAGUUUAUCCAUGCCGACUUCAUAAUCAGGCAGUGCAUUUAGAUUUCUUGAUUAUCCUAAACCAACUGUCAGCAUAUAACUGAAGAUGAUCAUGUUUUCCCACGAGUUAUUCGUCUCCUUCCUCGCGGUUACCUGUCUGUUUGGUAUACCCAGAGCGUCUUCGGCGGCAUGUGAGCCCAUUCGGAUCCCUCUGUGCAAGUCCAUGCCUUGGAACAUGACGAAAAUGCCCAACCACCUCCACCACAGCACCCAGGCGAACGCAGUCCUGGCCAUUGAGCAGUUCGAAGGGCUUCUUGGCACCCAGUGCAGUACAGAUUUACUGUUCUUUCUGUGCGCCAUGUACGCCCCAAUAUGCACUAUUGACUUCCAACACGACCCUAUCAAGCCCUGCAAGUCGGUGUGUGAGCGGGCGAAGUGCGGCUGUGAACCGGUGAUGAAACGUUAUAAUCACACCUGGCCAGAGAGCUUGGCCUGCGAGGAUCUGCCAGUCUACGACCGGGGAGUCUGUAUCUCACCUGAGGCCAUUGUAAAAGCAGAAGGACCAGACAACCCUUACUAUCAAGACCCCUCAAAAUGCUCACCUGAAUCAACUCCUGACUUUCCAAGUGAUUCUCACAAUGUCAACUGUAAAGGAGCCAACAAUGAUCGAUGCAAGUGCAAGUCAGUAAAACUGGGUCUCAAGACCUAUCUAAAGAAUAAUUACAACUAUGUGAUUCGUGCGAGGGUGAAGGAGAUUAGAAGCAGGAAUCAUGACUUGAGUGCCAUCGUGGAGGUCAAAGACAUCCUGAAGUCUUCCUUCGUGAACAUCCCUCGUGAUACAGUCACACUGUACUACAACUCUGGCUGUCCAUGUCCUCCUCUCACCGCCAAUGACGAGUACAUCAUCAUGGGUUAUGAGAAUGAGGAGAGAUCCAGGCUUCUGCUCAUCGAAGGCUCCAUUGCACAGAAGUGGAAGGACCGUAUGGGGAGGAAGGUGAGGCGUUGGGACCAGGUACUGAGGGACCAGAGCCGGAGGAUCUCUGGCAGAAGCAAUAUGCGGAGGAGCCGCCACUGAUCAACCAAGACGCGUGCAGUGAUGAUAGGAUUGCAAAAUUCCUCCAAUUUCCCAGGUUUUCCAGAAAUCUCGGUCCGAAGAUUUUUGGAAUCAGGAGGAAAUAAGCAGGAAAUACGCAGUCGUACAACCAGGAUUUCUGGAAAACCUGGGAAUUUGGGGAAAGUUACAGGAAUUUUGCAGCCCUAAGUGAUGACAUAUGGGACAACAUAUGGAGACAAAGAUAGAAAGAAAAGUGUUUGCAGACCGAAAACUGAGAAAUUGCACUAUUGCACGUUUAUUUUUGAACCAUUGUCACAAUUAAAAUAACGAGUCGUAGCUGAAUGUAGAUAAUGUUUUAGUUGUUGCUUUGUUUUGUUUAUAAAUCUUUUUGUUUUCAUAAUCUUUUUUUUGUACAAACAUUUAACAGUGCUGAGUGUGAGUAUACAGUUGGAGAAGGAUUGUGAGCCUUGCGUGGGACUUUGCUGUUAGAGUGACAAUGACUACGUCCCAAACGCCACCCUAUUACCUAUAUAGUGCACUACUUUUGACCAGAGCCCUGGGAAUAGGUUGCAAUUUGGGACGCACAAUUGUUUUAGCACAGCAUUAUGUCAGAAGCACUUCAAAGCGAAAAUAUCGAUAUUUAUCUAGCAGCUACAGACUGCACAUUGGAUGAAGUGGAUGUCUGUCUUUAAGAUACCAAAGUGCUUUAAUAUGAUGGGGUGCUCUGUUAAGUUUGAUUUCUUUCAAAGGAAACACAAACGAGUUGUAAUCUGGCUACAGCCACAAUGAAUUUUCAACCAAAAGAGGAUUAAACACAUUUCAAAGGAGAAAAAUGAACAAGGGAUGAGGAGGGAGGAAGGUGGGAGGGAGGGUAUAUUUUGGGAGUAUGCAAAGAAAAGUCAGAAUAAUCCUAGAGGACAGAGAGCAUAUCAUGUAAUUGAUGACAACAUUGAGAUACUGAAAUAAUGAUUGCAUUACAUGUAGUCUCUCUCACAAAAAGUACGAAUUGCUUGCUUAUGUUUCGCAUGCUUUGGAGCUCAGAUGUAGCAAGAUGAUUUCCAAAGGGUCUUUCUUACAGACGUUUUUCUAAACUGAACUGUAUAUCUAUACUACUCAUAUACACCACUGUGGUUGGACGUCAUACACAACAUACAUACAUAUAUCAAUCUAGGAAAUGCCAACCACCUUUCAAUUGUGAUUGUAAAUCUGGUUUCAGUGUUUUAUUAAACAUUGUCUGGCUGGUGUCAUGACCAACACAUA